UCGAUUAGAAAAAAAUAUUCGAUUCGAUUCUGAAAUCAUCAGGUAUUCGAAAUUGCCCAGCCCUAGUUAUUACUGCAUCAAGUUGGUGAAUUUUAAUUUUUCCAUCAUGUUUUUUUGCUAUUUUGCUCAAUUAUUUGUCUUGAUUUUGAAUAGUUUCUUUGAGUAUUUGAGGUCUCACGAUACGAACAAGGAAGCCAUCUUUAGUGCAUUUCCAAAUUCAAACUUUUCAAAUAUGCAUUGACUUCUGUGUGUUCUCUCUUGAGCAUGACCUAAUUUGGAAUAUCUUUAUUACUUCUGAGUGAGUUUGCGAUGCUAUUAGAAGAUUUUUUUUCAAAAAUGUAACAUUAUUUAUAAUUUAAAUGCUUCGAUUUUGUGCUUUUUUGACUUAAACUUUUUCUCAUUUUAGAUUUUCUACGUAACUAAUUUAACUAUGGAAGAUAUUACAAGUAAUUUUGAAGCUUCAUUGCCUUUGGAACAUUACAAAGAGGUAUUAAAAAAUGACGUGCGACCGGACGGAAGAGAUCUUGGAAAAUUUAGAAAAAUGACGAUUAACGUUGAAUCUAUUAGUACAGCGGACGGCUCUGCCCUUGUGCAAAUGGGAAAUACCAUGGUCGUUUGUGGGGUCAAAGGUGAACUUACGAAACCCCCCGCUUCGAAGCCUGAUUGUGGAAUUAUCGUUCCGAAUGUGGACUUACCGCCGAUGUGUGCGGCUCAUUUCAAACCCGGUCCACCGUCCGAACAAGCACAAGUUGCGAGCCAACUUCUUAAUGACAUCAUAAAGACUUGUGAUGUCAUAAAUCUUGAUGAAUUAUGUAUUUUUAAAGACAAACUGGUCUGGGUUUUAUAUUGUGAUGUUGUUUGUGUGAGUUACGAUGGAAAUUUAAAUGAUGCUUGUAUAAUGGCUUUAGUGGCCGCUCUCGAGAACACAACGUUGCCAAAAAUAAUACAAUGAAGAAAAUGAUGUCAUAGAGACGCUCGCUGACCCGGAACAGAGGUCAAAGUUGAUAGUUCGAAAAAGGCUAGUUUCUUCAACUUUUGUUUUAUUCGACUCUACUCAUCUAAUUGCUGACCCAACUUUGAAGGAAGAGGAAAUGA